CGUAUUUUCUCCCUACAUUGAAGAACUUCUUUCCUCCAUAUUUGGGUGUUUCUUCCCUAUUUAAACUUGAAUUCACUUAUACAGUUUGAUUUUGUUUCUUUUCCUUUAUCAAUUUAAAGGUUGCCUUUUAAGUGGGUACUCAAUGUCUGAAUCUAGUUGUUCAUCGAAAAGGAGGUGCUUUUAUGGUGAUAUAUUGCCAAACACUUCACUUCAACCACUGUUUAAAAUCCUGCUAGGAGAUUCUAUAAGUGCGCGAAACCUGAAAGCCAUGGUUAUAAUUAACAAUUUUAAGUCGAAGUUUGAUGUUAUUCAAGUUCAACUUAAUACCUUGAAUAUGGCAUUGGAUACGUGCAAGAUUGAAAGGGACAAAAAGAUGAAAAAAGUGGAUGCAUUAGAGGCUAUAAAUAUUGUUGAAGCGAACAAAGCAAGGGAGUCAGAAGAAAAAGUGUUGAAGCUGAAGAUGUUCAUUAUAAUUUCAUGUGCGCUAUUUGUUGGAUUUGUUGCGGCUUUCUUGAUGAAGUGAACCUUUGAAUAAGUCAAGUGCAUUGUGUUUUCCACCGGAUGAAUGUUUGUAGAAGUAAUUCACAUGAAGUACUUAUUUUUGUGUUGGUGGACAAUAUGUAGUAUUUUGGAAUGAAGUUUUUGAUUUCAUUUCUUUAUUUUGUAUUUCGGAUGAA